AUGACCCUUCCUGGCCCACCUCAGGACAGACAAAUUCCAGAUAUAGACAGAAGAAACCAGACGGGCACCUAUGGAUUUUUUCUCAUGGGCCUCUCUGAGCAUCUAGAGCAGCAGCCUCUCCUGUUUGGGCUCUUCCUGAGCAUGUACCUGAUCACCAUCUGGGGGAACCUACUUAUCAUCCUGGCCAUUGGCUCUGACGUGCACCUCCACACCCCCAUGUACCUCUUCCUGGCCAACCUGUCCUUCUCUGACAUUGGUUUUAUCUCUACGGUCAUUCCCAAGAUGCUCAAUAAUAUUGGCUCAGGAAGUAAACGGAUUUCUUAUGGCGGGUGCCUGACACAACUCUAUUUCUUUGGCCUCUUUGCAGAUCUGGACAACUUUCUCCUGGCUGUGAUGGCAUUGGAUCGCUAUGUGGCCAUCAGCCAACCUCUCCAUUAUGCCACUAUCAUGAACUCCCAACGCUGCAUCUUGUUGGUGGCUGGGUCUUGGGUGGUCACUACCUUCCAUGCCCUAGUGCACACCCUCCUGGUGACCAGGCUUUCCUUCUGUGGCCCCAAUAUCAUCCCCCACUUCUUCUGUGAUCUGGUCCCACUCCUAAAGCUCGCCUGCUCCAGCACUUAUGUCAAUGACCUGGUGCUCAUCCUUGUGGCAGGAACAUUGUUGAUUGGACCCUUCGUCUGCAUCCUUACAUCUUAUUUUUACAUUGCAUUGGCUAUCCUAAGAAUCGAUUCCCCAAAGGGUAAGCAAAAGGCCUUCUCCAACUGCACCUCGCACCUCUCUGUGGUCUCUCUGUUUUACACCACAGCUAUCAAGGUCUAUUUAUGUCCUCCAUCAUCCCCUUCAGGUGGAAAGGACCGAGUCUUCUCAGUAAUGUACACGGUGGUGACCCCUAUGUUGAACCCCUUCAUCUACAGUCUGAGAAACAGGGAUAUAAAGGGAGCACUGGGGAAAAUACUCAGAAGAAACAUGCUUAACACUCUUUCUUGGGACAGAAAGGUCCAAAUCUCCAAGAUUCACAGUUGA